CUUUCUUUCUCUAUUACCCCAACCUGGGUUUGUUGAGUGUUGAGAGAGAGUGGAGAAAAUCGAAACUCCUAUACCAUGUUCUGCACUGAGUGAACCAAUUCCCAAUCUUCAUUCCAAAAUCCCCAUCCAUUCUCACCCGUCGAGUGGGUGGCUCCGCCGUGUCAGAUCUGGGUUGCUGGCAGUUUCCGAUGGGUUACGCAAUCGAACUCUACAUGGACCCAGCACUGGAGAACCAGGUUCUCAAAGCCUGGAACGUCAUCGCACGCCGUCAGAUCAGCACACAGCUCAUCGAAAUGGAGUCACGCCCUCACAUCACUCUCUUCUCCACUCCAUUUCUAGAACCUUCCAAGCUCGAACCACUCCUCAAAACCCUCUCCACAAAGCACGACCCCUUCCCUCUCUCUUUCUCCUCCGUCGGAGCAUUCCCCGGCGACCACAACACGCUGUUUCUCUCCCCGACGCCGUCGCUCUCCCUCCUCCAUUUUCAGUCGCAGCUCUGUGACGCGAUUCGGAAGGAAGGUGUUGAUGUUCCGGAUGAGUACGCGCUUGGUUCGUGGAUUCCGUUUUGCUCCGUCGCGCAUCAGGUUCCCAAGGCGAGGAUGGCGGAGGCGUUUUCUCUGUUGCGGGACCUGAAGUUGCCGGUUUCUGGUUACGCGGUGGAUGUCGCGGUUGUUCAAUUCUCUCCGGUUCGUGAGCUGUUCUCGUUCGUGCUUGGCACCACUGCUCCUGAUUCCUGAGAGUUUAGAUACCUCUGAGAAGUGCUUGCUGGCAUGCUGGACCUCUUCAAGUUCAUGUGAUGCGACUGAUCUGAUAUUCAGUUUUUCUUAUUGACUGGCUGGAAAUUUGGUCUGCAUACCAUGCUGGGCCUGAAUGGUUCUAAUUUUUAAAGCUAUUUGAGAUUAAUGUGUCCAUAAAUUUUAGUGUACUUUGACUCUUUUCUUGCUCUUAGAUUAUCUGGCAGUUGUCUCUGGUCAUCUAUUUCUAGUAGUAGGAUGAAAACGAAAACAAAAUGCAUGUUUGCUGCCUAUGUGAAUUGCUGAUUAAUGCUAGUUACACUAGUGCAUAACAGUUAAUGAGAGUGCAUAUGAGUAAUGAUUUUUACCGGAGGUUCUGACUCAA